GACAUCAAGAGGCGGCUCCGGUACCCCCCUUUUUCUGCCCCCCCUCACCCGCCCGCCCGCCCCCGAGAUGCGGCCAUGGACCCUGUGGACCAAGCCAGCCGAGCUCAGCACCUGAUUUCGGUGAGGUGACACAUCUGGCUGCCAGAGUGACCGUGCCAGCCUGGUGACAGGACAGAGACCGCCUGCCAGGCCUUGUUCCCAGAGCCUGACUCCCAAGGCCAUGGACCAGCCAGCCGGAGGCACUGGAAACCUGAGGCCAGCGUCGGGAGAAGACAGCAGCAUGGAGCUCGGCACCUGCCAGGAGCUCCUGCACCGACUUCGGGAGCUGGAGGCAGAGAACUCUGCGCUUGCACAGGCCAAUGAGAGUCAGCGGGAGACUUACGAACGCUGCCUGGAUGAGGUUGCCAACCACGUGGUGCAGGCACUGCUGAACCAGAAGGACCUGCGGGAGGAGUGUAUCAAGCUGAAGAAGAGGGUGUUUGACCUGGAGCGGCAGAAUCAGAUGCUGAACGCACUGCUGCAGCAGAAGCUACAGCUCACGGCCAGCUCCCUCCCUCAGAUCCCACUCACCCCCCUCCAGACGCCAUCAGAACGACCAGCCUCCCCAUCCCCAAACGCCACUGAGGGACUGUCCACCUCACUGCCUUUAGGACACUGUGCUGGGCAAAGAGAGGUGUGUUGGGAGCAGCAGGUAAGGCCAGGCGGCCCAGGACCUCCGGCCACUCCACCCCCAGCGCUGGAUGCCCUGUCCCCAUUCCUUCGGAAGAAAGCUCAGAUUUUAGAGGUGCUGCGAGCCUUGGAAGAGACGGACCCUUUGCUCCUGUGCUCACCUGCCACCCCCUGGAGGCCCACAGGCCAAGGCCCUGGCUCCCCUGAGCCCAUCAACGGCGAGCUCUGUGGCCCACCGCAGCCUGACCCCUCACCCUGGGCACCCUAUCUGCUGCUCGGUCCUGGGAGCCUAGGGGCACUGCUGCACUGGGAGCGUGUGUUAGGGGGCCCUGGAGAAGAAGAAGGCAUCCGGCAACCCUGGGCUUCUAGCAGGGCCCCACCGCCCGCCCAGGGCCCCAGCUCUGGCCCACACUGUGCUCCGGGUAGCAGCUCCUCAUCCUCUUCUGAUGAAGCAGGAGAUCCCAAUGAGGCCCCCAGCCCCGACACUCUGCUUGGUGCCCUGGCACGCAAGCAGUUAAAUCUGGGCCAACUCCUUGGAGACACAGAGACUUACCUCCAAGCUUUCCUGGCCGGGGCUACCGGCCCCCUGAAUGGCGACCACCCAGGUGCUGGGAAGCCAUCCUCACCAGAUCCAGGACCCCCACAGGUGUCCAAGUCCAAAGGCCUCCCAAAGUCAGCUUGGGGUGGAAGUACCCCAGAGGCCACCAGGCUGGGCUUUGGUGCUACCUCAGAGGGCCAGGGACCCCUUCCCUUCCUCAGCAUGUUCAUGGGUGCAGGGGACGCCCCGCUGGGCUCCCGGCCUGGCCAUCCCCACUCCUCAUCUCAGGUGAAAAGCAAGCUCCAGAUUGGGCCCCCUUCCCCUGGGGAUGCCCAGGGACCCCUUCUGCCCUCUCCAGCCAGAGGUCUCAAGUUUCUCAAGCUGCCUCCAGCCUCAGAGAAGGUCCCUAGCCCAGGAGGGCCCCAACUCAGUCCCCAGCUUCCCCGGAGUUCUCGGAUCCCUUGCCGAAACAGUGGCUCAGAUGGUAGCCCCUCCCCACUGCUGGCUCGAAGGGGUCUGGGUGGAGGAGAGCUGUCCCCUGAGGGGGCACAGGGCCUGCCCAGCAGCCCUCUACCCUGUUCCGCAAUCCCAGACUCUGUGCAGCUCAGACCCUCCCAGUCAGCUGUGUCCUCUACACUGUCUCCAGGACCAGUAGUGUCUCCCUGCUUUGAAAAUAUCCUGGACCUUUCCCGGAACACCUUUAGGGGUUCUUCCCCAGAGCCACCUCCAUCCCCACUGCAGGUGCCCACCUACCCACAGCUGACCCUGGAGGUGCCCCAGACCCCUGAGGUCCUCAGGAGCCCUGGGGCCCCCAGCCCUGGCCUCCCAGAAUCCUGUCCCUACAGCAGCCCCCAGGAGAAGAGCAUGGACAGAGCAGGCUCUGAGUCUCCCCAUCCCAGUCGCAGGACCCCAGGUGGUUCAUCCAAGAAGCCUGGCCAGGGAUCAGGGCGUCGACCCGGUGAUCCUAGCCACACACCUCUGCGAGACAGACUGGCAGCACUUGGAAAACUGAAGACAGGCCCUGAGGGGCCUCUGGGUCUAGAAAAGAAUGGAGUGCCAGCCCGGUCUAGCACUGAGAAGGCCAGGGCACUAGUGCGGUCAGGAGAUUGUGCUGGAGACACGCCUCCCAGCACGAGACCUAUCGAACAGCCAGAAGCUAAGGGUAUCUUUCGGGGAGCAAUGGCCUUGGGCACAAGCAGCCUGAAGCAGCAGGAACCUGGACUUACGGAUCCUGGUGCCAGAGUCUACUCCUCCCACUCCAUGGGGGCGCGAGUGGACCUGGAGCCCAUCUCACCAAGGAGCUGCCUCACCAAAGUGGAGCUGGCCAAGAGUCGGCUAGCAGGGGCUCUGUGUCCCCAGAUGCCCCGCACACCUGCAAAAGUGCCAACCUCAGCCCCUAGCCUGGUCAAACCCAAAAGCCCUCACAGCAGCCCAACAAAGCUACCCUCCAAGUCACCCACCAAGGUAGUGCCCCGCCCUGUGGUACCCUCGGGCACCAAGGAGCCCCCCAAGCCUGACAAAGUGAAGGGCCCACCUUGGGCAGACUGUGGCAGCACAGUUGGCCAGCCUACAUCCCCAGUACCUGGCCCCGCUGAUCCAAACCAGGGCUCGGAAGGGCCAGCGCCACACUCCGCCAUCGAGGAGAAGGUGAUGAAGGGCAUUGAGGAGAACGUUCUGCGUCUUCAAGGUCAGGAACGGGCUCCGGGCUCCGAAGCCAAGCACCGCAACACCAGCAGCAUUGCCAGCUGGUUCGGCCUUAAAAAGAGCAAGCUGCCAGCUCUGAACCGCCGCACAGAGGCUACCAAAAACAAGGAAGGGGCUGGGGGCAGCUCCCCACUCCGGAAAGAAGUCAAGACAGAAACCCGGAAGCUGGAGGCUGAGAGCCUCAACAUCUCCAAACUGAUGGCGAAGGCAGAAGACCUGCGCCGAGCGCUAGAGGAAGAGAAGGCGUAUCUGAGCAGAGCCCGCCCACGGCCUGGGGGCCCAGCCACAGUGCCCAGCUCCGGUCUGGGGCAGGCGCAAGGCCAGCUAGCCGGCAUGUAUCAGGGUGCAGACACCUUCAUGCAACAGCUACUGAACAGGGUGGACGGCAAGGAGCUGCCCCCCAAGAGCUGGCGGGAGCCCAAGCCUGAGUAUGGGGAUUUCCAGACAAUGUCCACUGAUCCCAAGAGCCCCUGGCCUGCCUGCGGACCUCGGAAUGGCCUGGUAGGCCCACUUCAGGGCUGCGGAAAACCGGGGAAGCCCAGCAGUGAGCCAGGUAGGCGGGAAGAGAUGCCCUCCGAAGACAACCUGACAGAGCCAGUUUCCACCACACACUUCACAGCCUGUGGCUCCUUGACUCGAACCUUGGACAGUGGCAUUGGGACCUUCCCACCCCCAGAUCACAGCAGCAGUGGAACCCCCAGCAAGAAUCUCCCCAAGACCAAGUCACUGCGUCUGGAUCCCCCGCCAGGGGCACCCCCAGCUCGGCCUCCAGGCCUCACCAAAGUCCCUCGCCGUGCCCACACGCUAGAGCGCGAGGUGCCAGGCAUAGAGGAACUGCUGGUGAGUGGGCGGCACCCCAGCAUGCCAGCCUUCCCUGGACUGCUCACGGCUCCCCCAGGCCACCGAAGCCAUCAGACCUGUCCUGAUGAUCCCUGUGAAGACCCAGGCCCUCCCCCACCUGUCCAGCUGGCCAAGAACUGGACCUUCCCCAACACCAGAACAGCUGGCAGCUCCAGUGACCCCUUCCUGUGCCCACCCCGACAACUGGAGGGACUGCCUAGGACCCCCAUGGCCUUGCCCGUAGACGGAAAACAGAGCCUGGAUCCCAGCCGCAUGUCUACGCCUCAGGGCCCGGCAUUUGGAGGCAGUCGUACCCCCAGCACGUCGGACAUGGGCGAGGAAGGCAGAGCGGCCAGUGGGGGCGCUCCCGGGCUGGAGACUUCAGAAUCUCUAAGCGACUCCCUCUAUGACUCGCUGUCCUCCUGUGGGAGCCAGGGUUGAGGGACUGCGCCCCAGAUGACCUGCUUCCGCACUCUGCGCUCCAUGGCUUGGAGCCAAUGAGGCGUGAUCUAAAGGGACCAAGGAGGAGGUGGAUAAGAAGGUGACGGGUCCCUGGCAUGUGCCACCACUGCUGUGGAUGAGACGACCAUGCUCAGCUCAGGGAGAGACCUCACCCCCUGACUCCCCCAGAGUAAGGCUCUGCUCUAAGGGACCGGGGGCUCCAGGCUGCUUUGUCCCAGCUCCUCUCACUUCAGGCCGAGCCAUCUUGCGGUGCUGGGCUUCCUGCCCACCAGCUGUGUCACCUCUGCCCAACCUGGCUGCAACCCUUCCCCAAAGCCCCCAUAGGGCUCCGAUUUUGGAAGCCCCAGGUUUAUGGAGUUUGGGGGUGAGGGGACAAGUUGCCUUCUCUCUCUGCCCUGGUCCUCCCUGCUGUCUGAAUGGUGCUGCCUCCGUUCCCCACAUCGUGGGGUCUGUUUGUCUGUCUUCAUCUUUGUUUUUAUAUAUAUAUAUAUAUAUAUGAAAGCGCCUGGCCCGGUCCCCACACCCAGCCCGCACUGCGGUUAAUUUAUCUGUUGUUGAAAAGCAGCUGCUCUGCUUCUGCGCUGUCCCUAAUAAAACGUGGAGGCCUCUCCCCACCGUGA